UACAGCGUAAUCCAGAGAAAUUACGCGAAAAAAGGCCUUGUGAAGAAAAUCGGUGUUUCAACAUUAGCCAAGAUGGUGAUCCACAAAUGUGUGUCGGUGUCUACCUGUACUGACGGUACACUUCGUUCCCGAUCUCGCCGUGACUUGAAUUUUAACUUAAUUUAGGAGUGCAGAGGUCAGCCUUACUUGGAUGUCAAACGAUAUGGAUUUAUCUGGAAAGGUGGCCUUGGUUACGGGAUCAACAAGUGGAAUUGGCUUAGGGAUUCUUCGAACUCUUGCCAAGAAAGGAUGUGCCGUUAUAUUAACAGGAUUAGGUGACCAAGCCUCUAUUGAAGAACUUGUAGAGGAAGUCAAAUCAUUGUGCGAAGGCAGAGUUUCGUUUGUACCAUGUGAUAUGCGAUCACGCGAGUCAGUUCAUCAGAUGUGCCAUGAAAUUUCAAAAUUGUAUCCCGAUGGAGUCGACAUACUCGUUAACAAUGCAGGGAUCAACCACGUGACGCCUAUUGACGAGUAUCCAGAUGAAAAAUGGGAUGAGAUGAUCAGUAUUAUGCUAUCAGCUCCUUUUGAUCUGAUUAAAUACUUCAUACCUUGCAUGAAAAAGAAACGGUGGGGUCGGAUCAUCAACAUAGCCUCCAUGAUGGGACUGAUCAGUCAACCAGGCAAAGCGGUGUACAGCACAGCUAAAUCUGGAAUCAUCGGGCUAUCCAGGGGCGUUGCCCUUGAGGGAGCACCUUUUGGUGUCACGUGUAACGCAGUGUGCCCUGGUUAUGUGUAUACAGCAGUGACUGAGCCACAGGUGCGCGCUUUCCAGGAAAAGGAAGGAAUAUUAACAUACGAAGAAGCUAAGAACAAAUUCUUUUCCCGGGCUCCUACAGGAAAAGCGGUUGAAAUAGAACAGAUAUGUGAUUUGGUAUUGUUCCUGUGUUCCUCUGGAGCAGACAGUAUGACGGGGUCUCCAAUCGUUAUCGAUGGAGGCUUCACUGUUCAGUAGCAUAUAAAGUUUUGUCAAAUGUGCGGGUUUGUGUGCUAUUAGUUUAAGACCGUUUGAUAUUCGCCACUUUUUUGUAGUAUAAUUGUGAUUUAAAAGUAGAUGUAUACACAGUAUACUUUUUUGUAAAUUGCUAAAAUAUUUUAUCAUCAGCGAAUAACUUCAUCAAGGUUAUCAGAAAUAAUGUUUUAACCAGAAACCUGUUUAUAAGUGUAUGUUCUGUCGGGUAUAACUGAAUAUCAAUAUAAACAUAUCCCAGAUUAGUGAUCAGUUAGUGAUCAGUUGUUCAGUUUUAUUAAUGUGCUUAAUUAAUAACAAAUUGGUAUUAUUUUUAUGAUAUUCUUAAUCAUGUAAUAUUACACAAAUAAAUGUCAUUUUUACCCGAA